CUAACUCACAGCUUUCUACCUUCUUUCAACUAACCCAACUCAUCUGAAAAUGUCCGGACGUGGCAAGGGCGGCAAGGGCCUGGGCAAGGGCGGUGCCAAGCGCCACCGCAAGGUGCUUCGCGAUAACAUCCAGGGCAUCACCAAGCCUGCUAUUCGCCGUCUGGCUCGCCGUGGCGGUGUGAAGCGUAUCAGUGGCCUGAUCUACGAGGAGACCCGCACGGUGCUGAAGACCUUCCUGGAGAACGUCAUCCGCGACUCGGUCACCUACACCGAGCACGCUCGCCGCAAGACCGUGACCGCCAUGGACGUGGUCUACGCGCUGAAGCGCCAGGGCCGCACCCUGUACGGCUUCGGUGGCUAAGCGGCUUUCACGCUGCUGCUGCCAAGCUCAGGCGGCAGCCCUGGGAGGCAAGGCACCGUGUCUUGCCCCUU